CCACCUCAGCUACCAGAGGCAUGGAGCUACGGGAACAGCUCUCCAGCUGCUUGUUCUGUGCCAUACUCCUAGCAACAAUUCCCUUUUCAGAGAGUUUUGAAGUCAUCUCAUCCCCAGCUGUCACGGGGAUCAUCGGUCAGGAUGUGGUCUUACCCUGCCAGAUCUCCACCAGGACACAGCAGGACAAUAUGGAAGUGCAGUGGAAGAAAAUUAUUCAGACACAUAUAGAGACUGUCUAUGAAUACAGAGCCCAAACAGGCCAGGAUGUGCCAGGACAGAAAUACCAGGGCCGGACUGUGCUGUUGAAGGAUGGAUUCACCUCUGGGAAUGUGUCUUUAAAGCUGAAGAACGUCCGACCAGCCGAUGAGGGAACGUACAGCUGCAUUGUGAAGUCUAACGAGUGGAGCGCUGAUGCUGCAACCGAGCUUAAAAUUGCAGCUGUUGUUUCUAUGUCCAUUGAUGUGCUGGGUCCCCAGGACCAGGGGAUUGACCUAGCCUGCAGGUCAUCAGGGUGGUUCCCCAAACCAGAACUCCACUGGGUUACAAAGAAUGGGCAAGAUCUGCAGCCUGUGACCAAAACCGAGCAGGGUCUUGAAUUUCUGUACAGUGUUCUGAGCCAUGUCACAACCCUGGGAGAGGAAACUGGACAAAUCAGCUGUGUUAUACAGAACAGCUUGUAA